AUGUGGUGUGCACAAGUCUUAUUGCUAUGUGUUUUACUAUUAUUUUCCCACUUCUCUUUCACUAAUUUUGAAAGAGAAUCCAUUGCUGACCAUGAUUGUGUACGAAAUUCAUCAUACCUUCCGUGUUAUUACAACUUUGCAACAACAACAAUAUUUACUCAUAAAAAACUUAAGAGAUCCUAUGGUUACAGUCUAUACUAUGCAAACUCGUACGCGUCGCGGCAGAUCUUACUACAAGGAGGAGAUAUCGAAACUAAUCCUGGACCAAAUGCUUCCGAUAUUAAUUUAAAAACUAUAAAAGUAACUCCACACACAGUACGCAAUUCCUCUAUCUCUUUAUGUUUGGUAAAUGCUCAAUCAAUAAGAAACAAAACAGCUGAUUUGGUUGACUAUGUCUAUGAAAACAAAUUCGAUCUCGUAGCUAUUACUGAAACCUGGUUACGUGACAUUGAUGAUGCGAUUAGAGUUGAGCUCUGCCCUGACGGUUACAAGUUCGUAGACUUCCCUCGUGUUAGGUGUGGCGGUGGAGGCAUUGGACUUCUUUAUAAGAACAAUCUUAGAGUUACCACAAUUAGGUCUGGUGAAGAAGAUUCUUUCGAAUACUCAGAGUUACUAGUAGAAGUAUCGAGUUCUCGUAAGUUAAGAGUCGUCAUUGUCUAUAGACCGCCAUACUCAGAACAUCAUAAGAUCUCCAUUGGCACUUUCAUUAGACAGUUCUCUAACUAUAUGGAAUCGGUUAUUUUAUCAAAGGAACACCUGCUCGUUUUAGGGGACUUCAACAUACACUUAGACGUUUCUGAUGAUGCUGAUACUGUAAAAUUUCAUGAUCUGUUGGAAUCCCUUCGGCUUGAGCAACAUGUCACAAAGUCGACUCACAUACAUGGUCAUACCCUUGAUCUUGUUAUUACACGUAAGACAGAAAAUAUCAUUCCAUUUCCACCACGCAGCUGUAGUUAUUUCUCUGAUCAUACAUCAGUUCACUUUGACAUUGCCAUAAAAAAACCACCAUUACAGACUAAAUCAAUCAGCUAUAGAAAGAUCAAGGCUGUGGACAUUGACUGCUUCAAACAUGAAUUGGCAAGCAGUGUCCUAUGCUAUAAAGAACCAAGAGAGCACUCUGUCCCUGAAGAUCUUGAUAGGCUUGUGAACAUCUACAACACCACCCUCACAAGUAUGAUAGAUAAGCAUGCACCACUGACAACCAAAACUGUGAAAGCUAGAUCUCAGGUCCCUUGGUAUAAUCAUGACAUUGCAGCAGCGAAAAGAAAACGGCGCAAGGCAGAACGGAUUUGGAGAAAAAGCAAAGCAGAAGAUGACUUACUCUUGUUCAAAAGGCUGAAAAAUCAUGUUACGUACAUCAGCAAUAAGGCGCGCAGAGAGUUCUACGCACAGUUUAUCAACGAAAAUGGAAAUGACCAAAAUAGACUGUUUAGAGCAACAAAUGCCCUCCUCCACCCGAAGGAUGAAGUGUGCUUCCCUGAUUACUCUGACGAUACAUCACUUGCGAAUGACAUUGGCCAUUUUUUCUAUAAAAAGGUCAUCAAUAUUCGUAAAGAGCUUGACGCUGUGGUUAUUGAUCAAUGUGAUAGUUCUCGACUAAUAAAUGACCCUAAGUUCGGUUUUAAUCAAAGUCUGGAGAAAUUCGAGGUUCUUUCAACUGACAUGGUGUCCCAGCUUAUUCAGAAAUCAGCGAAGAAGAGUUGCGCCCUAGAUCCUAUGCCUACAUCACUCGUGGUCAAGAGUCUAAAUGAACUGCUACCCGUCAUUACCUGCAUGAUCAACUCCUCCCUCUCGCUAGGUUAUUUCCCUUCUGCUUGGAAAUUCACCCUUGUCGAUCCAAGGCUCAAGAAAACUGGUCAACCCGCAUAG